AUGGGAAAUGACGGAAUCGAACGGGCAAACGCGCAAAACUCGAUCAAGCGUUUGUGUCGUGACUGGCUGGAUGGAUUCCGCAACCGCGGCCUGCGACGACGAGGCGUCACGGCCGCGGGUUGGUUUGCCUUGCUUUGGGAUGACGGAUUCCAGCCCGGGCAGACUGCCAGCAUGCGACCCGGCCACAAGACGCUUUCCAUUGCCCCAGUCGACAAAGCCGGCCGGGUAUCUGUACCCAUCCUCCGUGCUAAAAUGGCAUAG